AUGAUGCGUCGUGAAUUCUCCUCGCAGCAUUCUGCGUCCUCCACCACUACUCCUACUUCCACAUCCUCCACCGCCUCGUCAACAACGACGACAUCAACCACAUCCGCCUCCACGACCUCUACUGGCUCUUCCUCCUCGCCCAUCCACCUCCGCCGCAACCGCCGCCGUGCCUCAUGCCGGCACGCUUCGCACGGCGCUGCCUCCGCCUCCAUCCGCCGACCCUGUGGCCCUCACGCUGCUAAAACGAGUACUCUUCUCGCCCGCAACCCGGCCCUCGCCCACAAGCUGCACCAGAUGGCCCUGCCCCUCAGCCCACUCGUCCAGCUCACCACCGGCGCCGUCCACCCCGACUUCCCCACCAACGUUCUUCAGUUCUGGCUCCUCACCGACUCCCAGCUCGAGGCCCUCGCAUCCUUCUACCACCAGACCGUCACCCCCAGCGGGCAACCCUCCCCCUGGGCCGCACAGUACCCGUGCCCCGUCCGCUGGCGCUCCGACGCGCCGCUCGAGUGCAAGCGUCGCCGCAUGGGCCGCUUCAUCGGCCUCCGCGGUUGCGAGUCCCCCGUCGUCGAGGCCCCGGUCCCCCCGGCUGCCUUCUUCAAGACCGAGGAUGACAUUGCCCGCGAGGCGAGACUCGCCCGCCUGGCCGCCGAUGACGAGGCCCUGCGGAGAAAGACGGCCCCUGGCCCCUUUCCGCGGUGA